UCUGUCUGUCCUCCUCAGUUAGGGAACCCGAGUCCCGAUCCGGGCGGGGAGGCGACCUCUCCCCGCCGCCCAGGGGUGCCCAGAGAGCAGCCGGGAGGAUUUUGGCCAAAUUGGGCGAGGGUACAAUAUUACCACUUACCCCUUCUCACCGAGGAAGAGCGGGAGAAAGGGUAUGGCACAGUCCCAAGGCUGGCUGAGAAGAUACUUCAAGGCCUUCUGUAAAGGCUUCUUUGUGGCAGUGCCCGUGGCAGUCACCUUCCUGGAUCGGGUCGCCUGCGUGGCGCGAGUGGAAGGAGCCUCGAUGCAGCCUUCUCUGAACCCCGGAGGAUGCCAGUCCUCCGAUGUGGUCCUACUGAACCACUGGAAGGUGAGGAAUUUCGAAGUCCAGCGUGGAGACAUUGUGUCACUGGUGUCUCCUAAAAACCCAGAACAGAAGAUCAUUAAAAGAGUGAUUGCUCUUGAAGGUGACAUUAUAAGAACCAUUGGACACAAAAACCGUUUGGUCAAAGUUCCCCGUGGUCACAUGUGGGUUGAAGGCGAUCACCAUGGACACAGUUUUGAUAGCAAUUCUUUUGGACCGGUUUCUCUGGGACUUCUGCAUGCUCAUGCCACACAUAUCUUGUGGCCUCCAGAGCGCUGGCGGAGACUGGAAUCUGUGCUUCCUCCAGAGCGCUUCCCAAUCCAUAGCAAUGAUGAGUGACCGCGUGGGAGGCCCAUCAUAGGAGGAGCUGCAGACACCAGAAGCAUCCUACCCAAGAGAUGCUCCAAUGAUGCUCAGCAAGAGACCUCUGUAUUUCUUUAAGGUGGUCUGGAAUUUCACACAAAAAAAAAUGUUCAAUAUUAAACAGUAUUAAAUGACA